CGUGCGCCAUUUUAGCGCGUCUCGAGCCAUCCGGCAAGAUGGCGCUCUCGCUUUGUCUGCCCUGAUCGGCGUAAAACACAAUUUACUUUUACCACACACGUGAAAAUUGACCGGAUCGAAUGAAAAAACAGCUUUCCUCGCGGGGCCAAAACAGUGACAUCUCGAAGAUCUGCGCGUGUGAGGAGCAUUGAGAUCUUCAGGUCCAGUAAGCUGAAUACAUUGGUGACUAAACUUCAUGAGUUCUUGGGUAAUUCUCCGGACGACGAAAGCAUUGAUUCUCAAGACAUUUCCAAUGGUAAAAUGGCAUCCAGUGACUUAAACAUCCCUGAUGAGAAAAUGAACGAGCCCGGUUGCUCCUCCGAAAUGACCAAACCCUCGUCUUCACGCUCAAAGAGAAAACCUUCAUUUGUGACCAAGCACACUGCUGUCGAUGAACCCGAAUGUGCAAAUGAGAGUGGAGGUGAACACUGCACAGAUGACAGCAUGCAGAGCGGCCUGGAUAUUAACAAGUUACCACAAGGCACAGUGGUGGUGAAGCCGGAGCCGGUUGCUAAUGAAGCUAAAGAUGAAUUCAGAGGUCCGGAGUUUCGUAACCGAGGAAGUAAAGUGAAAGAGGACGGACCACGGAAACGUUUGGACGAGAACCUCCAGGAGAUAUUUAAUUGCACAGCAUGUGGACAACAAGUCAAUCAUUUUCAGAGGGAUUCCAUCUUUCAACAUCCUGCACUGCAUGUUCUUAUCUGCAAGUCAUGUUUCAAGUAUUAUAUGAGUGACGAUAUCAGCAAGGAUGAUGAAGGGAUGGAUGAACAAUGCAGGUGGUGUGCAGAGGGUGGCAAUCUGAUUUGCUGUGACUACUGCAGCAAUGCCUUCUGCAAAAAAUGCAUUUUGCGCAACCUUGGACGAAAAGAGCUGUCUGAAAUCAUGAAUGAAGAAAGCAAAUGGCACUGCUUUGUGUGCUGCCCAGAGCCGCUGAAAGACUAUGUUAAAACCUGUGAAAAAGUUUUGCUCAGUUUGGAAUCUCGUUAUAAAAAGCCCAGGGGAGAAAGUGACAAGACAAAGCGUGAAGACCGCAAACACAAGCAUACCAAACGGGAAAAAACCGCAGUAAACGGACAGGAUUAUGCUUCAGACGGAGCGGGAACCGUAACCUUUUCCUGUAAGACGUUGAAGGUUCCCAAAGAGCUAGUCAAAAAGACCAAAAAACUAAUCGAGACCACAAACGGUUUGAACCGUACUUUUGUGCAAUUCCUCCAGCACACAUCAAAUGGCCCUGAUGUUAAGGCGGUAAGUUAUAGACACUUAAAGGCCUUCAAAUCAGUUUUGGCUGAUCUGAAAAAGGCUCAUGCAGCUCUUGAGGACUCGCUUGAAAAAGAAUUUGAAGAGAAAGGCCUCAAGUUUCAGAAUGGAGAGGAGCAAAGACCAGCAGACAGUCAAACUGCAGGUAAAACGGUUGUUAACUCGCACCAUGCGGACCCCACAACUGUCAGGGAUGAUGGUUUGGAUUGCCCUACUAUGGACUAUAAUCCUGUGGUAGAAGAGGAAAACCAACAGGACAGUAACUCGGCUGAUGUUGAGAUGAAGGAGAGCCUUCCACUCUCGCCAGAAGAAGCUCAGGACUUGUCUGAAGAAGGAGACCGGCCUGAAGAAAGAGUCCAGUCUGGAGAAAGAGACCGGUCUGGAGAAAGAGACCAGUCUGGAGAAAGAGACCAGUCUGGAGAAAGAGACCGGUCUGGAGAAAGAGACCGGUCUGGAGAAAGAGGACGGUCUGGAAAAAGAGAACGGUCUGGAGAAAGAGACCAGUCUGGAGAAAGAGGCCGGUCUGGAAAAAGAGGCCGGUCUGGAAAAAAAGAACGGUCUGCAAAAAGAGACCAGUCUGGAGAAAGAGAACAGUCUGGAGACAGAGACCGGUCUGAAGAAAGAGACCAGUCUGGAGAAAGAGGCCGGUCUGGAAAAAGAGGCCGGUCUGGAAAAAAAGAACGGUCUGCAAAAAGAGACCAGUCUGGAGAAAGAGAACAGUCUGGAGACAGAGACCGGUCUGAAGAAAGAGACCAGUCUGGAGAAAGAGGCCGGUCUGGAAAAAGAGGCCGGUCUGGAAAAAAAGAACGGUCUGCAAAAAGAGACCAGUCUGGAGAAAGAGAACAGUCUGGAGACAGAGACCGGUCUGAAGAAAGAGACCAGUCUGGAGAAAGAGGCCGGUCUGGAAAAAGAGGCCGGUCUGGAAAAAGAGACCAGUCUGGAGAAAGAGAACAGUCUGGAGACAGAGACCGGUCUGGAGAAAGUGAAGCUAAAGAUCAGGAAAUGGCAGAUAAUCCUGACUUUGAGGAAAGCUCUGUGCCAGCGGGUGAAGCGUCUCUGGAUAAAGACAUUGUGUCUAUUCCACCGUCUGUCCCAGAGGAACUCUUUGAGAUGGUCGAGAGUCUCGCUGUAAAGAAAGAAGAUGAUGCUGGCAACUCGACCGAUUCCAGUGAUGGGAAAUCGACAACCAAAGCGGAGGUUGUGGAAUCCAAUAAGAGCCUUACAAAACUGGGUAAAAAACUCGUCGUCAAACUAACACCCGUUCCUCUUAAAAUUACCAUAAAGCGAGAUAAGAGCAGUGAACGGUCACCUUCAGAAGACAUGGAUGGGGAGACGUUACCAAAGGAGGGUCAAGAUAGCCGACGCUCCCCCAGGAUGAAGACCACACCCUUACGCAAGUCGCCGGAGGCAAAGAGCAAACGUAAAUCAAGGUCGUCAAAGGCAAAAGAAGAGCGCAGUGACCCAGUCGAGGAGCAGUGUGAUUCAGACUCGGAUGAGGUCCCUGAGGUCCUGCAGACGGCGGCUUUGAAGGCCAGCUCUGAUGAGAGUGAAACCGAAAACUGCGGGAAAGCUUCUGGGAAACGCACCAAGAAGAAGAAAUUGGCUACUCGCUCAACUGCGAAAGGGAAGCCAAAGCGCAAACUCGAUAUGGGCUCCUCGGAUUCGGAGCAGAGUGACAAGUCGUCAACAGCAAAAAAAAGAAGAACCAAAAAGAAGAAAGGCAGGGAAUCGGACUCCUCAAACCACAACUCCGAUCUUGAGAAGGAGAUGAAAAACCUGGCCAAGAUGGGUAGUGGGAAAAAAAAAUCCAAAGGCGUCAAAAAGGAAGAGGAGGAAUGCAGUAAAGAGGGCAAAAAAGGGCCUAAAAGGUCAUUCGAGCGGGUACGAAGGUCUCAGAGAGAAAAGGCUAAACCCAAGGAAGAGUCUUCCUCCAGUGACGAAGAGGAGGAGGAGAAAGAGGAGGAGAAGGAGGCUGAUAACUCAGGAGAAGACAGUGAUCAGCAGAAGAUUAAACCAAUACUUGAGUCUGUUAUGGCUAGUAUUGAUGGUUUCCAUCAGUCAUCAGGUGAUGAAGUUGAAAUAAAGGCUGAAUCCUCCCAGGUGGAUGAUGAUGACGACCCUGAAAAUAGAAUUGCCAAGAGGAUGCUUUUGGCGCAGAUCAAAGCCAACUAUUCGUCUGGAGCUGAUAGUUCAUCGGAUGAUGAAAACGCAGACAAAGAGGAUAGGGAUUCACGAAAGAAAGGAAAAGAUGGUGCAAAGGAGCAAGACGAGAGCGAAAAAGAGGAAGAGGACGAAACUUCAGACUCGGGCUCAGAUGUGGACGUGAAGAAAGGUGGACGCAGGCACCGUUUGCUGCGUAAGAAGUUGACUCUAAGUGAGGGUGACUCUGAUGAAGAGACCCCAGUCAAAAAAAAGAAAGAAACCAAAAAGAGAGGCCGGCGGAAAGUGGACAGUGAUGAUUCGGCAGACUCAGACUUUGAGCAGUCGCUCUCGGGCUCCAGUGAUGCGUCAGUGCUCAGUGAGGCUGUGAGUGAAGAAGAGGAUGAAAACAAGAGCAAUAAACGCAAAACACGAUCGUCCAAGAGAGCAGGCAAAGACGGUGAGAGAAGUUACCAGAAAGAAAAGAAAAAACGACGUCGCAUUAAGGUUCAAGACUCCUCAUCCAGUGCCAAGAGUGGAGAGGAAGGGGAUGGGGAUGGUGAUGGUGACGAGGAAGGGGACGACAAAGGAACACCCAAAAAUCGCAAGAAGAUCCGCAAGAUCCUUAAAGAUGACCUUCUGCGGACAGAGACCCGAGAUGCCCUGAAGGAGGAAGAGGACAGGAGGAAACGCAUCGCUGAGAGGGAGCGCUUGAGGGAGAAACUACGAGAGACUAUCGUGGUGGAGGAGUCGUCGCAGAUCGCGUGUCCCAUCACCACUAAACUGGUGCUCGAUGAGGACGAGGAGACCAAGGAGCCACUAGUGCAGGUUCACAGGAACCUGGUGACCAAACUCAAACCCCAUCAGGUGGAUGGUGUGCAGUUCAUGUGGGACUGCUGCUGUGAGUCGGUGAAGAAGGUGGAGAAGUCCUCUGGCUCCGGCUGUAUUCUGGCCCACUGCAUGGGUCUGGGCAAAACCCUCCAGGUGGUGACGUUUCUCCACACUCUUCUUCUGUGUGAGAAGCUGAACUUCUCCACAGCUCUGGUGGUGUGUCCUCUCAACACUGUGCUCAACUGGCUCAAUGAGUUUGAGAAGUGGCAAGAAGGCCUGAAGGACGAGGAGAGUUUAGAGGUGACGGAGCUGGCCACAGUGAAGAGACCUCAGGAGAGAGCGUACGCUUUACAGCGCUGGCAGGAGGACGGCGGCGUCAUGAUCAUAGGCUACGAGAUGUACCGCAACCUCACGCAAGGGCGCAACAUCAAGAGCAAGAAGCUGAAGGAAACCUUUCAGAAAACACUAGUUGAUCCAGGUCCGGAUUUUGUCAUCUGUGAUGAGGGUCACAUCCUGAAGAACGAAGCGUCUGCCGUCUCCAAAGCCAUGAACUCCAUCAGGACUCGUCGGCGGGUGGUGCUGACGGGAACGCCACUGCAGAACAACCUCAUCGAGUAUCACUGUAUGGUGACCUUCAUUAAGGAGAACCUGCUGGGAUCAGUGAAAGAGUUCAGAAAUCGCUUCAUCAACCCCAUCCAGAACGGCCAGUGUGCCGACUCCACGCUCGUUGAUGUCCGUGUCAUGAAGAAACGAGCGCACAUCCUCUACGAGAUGCUGGCGGGAUGUGUCCAAAGAAGAGAUUACACUGCCCUUACAAAAUUCCUCCCACCAAAACACGAGUAUGUGUUAGAGAUCCGGUUAACACCCCUUCAGUGCAAGCUUUAUCGGUACUAUCUGGAUCACUUUACAGGUGUCGGUUCUGCCUUGGAGAGUGGAAGAGGUCGUGCGGGAACCAAACUCUUCCAGGAUUUCCAGAUGCUCAGCAGAAUCUGGACCCAUCCGUGGUGCCUCCAGCUGGACUAUAUCAGUAAAGAAAACAAGGGAUACUUCGACGAGGACAGUAUGGAGGAGUUCAUAGCCUCGGAGACAGAGGAGUCCUCCAUGAGUUUGACCUCUGAAGACGAGAAGCCCAAAAGGAAGAAGAAACGAGGCAAAGGAAAAGACAAAGGCUCAGACAAGUCUGACAGUGAUGAACUGGAAGUGAUUAAGGAGUGGAACACCAGCUCUCGUGGAGGAAACCCUGAGGGGAGGAACCGAGCAGAGCCUGUGGAGGAGGUUCGGGCCCCGUCAAACUCCGGUCCUGGCAGCCCAUCACCGGACUGGUACAAAGAGUUUGUGACCGAGCCAGAUUCAGAGGUGCUGGAGCAUUCUGGGAAAAUGGUUCUGCUUUUUGAGAUCCUCCGCAUGGCUGAAGACGUGGAAGAUAAAGUGUUGGUGUUCAGCCAGUCUCUCAUUUCUCUGGACCUCAUCGAGGAUUUUCUGGAGUUGGCAGGCAGAGCCAAAGAGGAAGGGAAAGUUUCACCGUACAAAGGUGAGGGCAAGUGGUUCAGAAACAUUGACUACUACCGCCUGGAUGGUUCCACGAACGCCUUGACCAGGAAGAAAUGGGCAGAGGAGUUCAAUGACACCAGUAAUGUUCGGGGUCGAUUGUUCCUCAUCUCAACCAGAGCUGGUUCUCUCGGGAUCAACUUGGUAGCUGCAAACAGGGUCAUCAUUUUUGAUGCCUCAUGGAACCCAUCCUACGACGUUCAGAGUAUUUUCAGAGUCUAUCGCUUUGGUCAAGUGAAGACUGUGUUUGUCUACAGGUUUUUGGCUCAGGGAACCAUGGAGGAUAAGAUCUAUGACCGGCAGGUCACCAAACAGUCGCUGUCCUUCAGAGUUGUUGACCAACAGCAGAUUGAACGUCACUUCACGAUGAACGAACUGACGGAGCUCUACACAUUUGAGCCCGACCUGCUGGACGAUCCCUCUGAGAAGAAGAGCAAGCGGGCCACACCCAUGUUGCCCAAGGAUCCUGUCCUUGCAGAACUGCUUCACAGUUACAAAGAUCAGAUCGUCGGCUACCACGAGCAUGACUCUUUGCUGGACCACAAGGAGGAAGAGGCACUGAGUGAGGAAGAUCGCAAGGCAGCGUGGACCGAAUACGAGGCCGAGAAGACGGGUCUGUCCAUGCGUUUCAACCAGCAGGCCUAUGCUCAAAUGGGCGUGGGAGCAUCAAACUCCUACUUCCCCUUCAACGUGGCCGCCUUGGCCUCCAUGAGCAACCAACAGUUGGAGGAUUUGAUUAACCAGGGCAGGCAGAAAGUGUUGGAGGCCACUAGCGCUCUGAAGUCAGUGCCUCGGGAACCACUGGAGGACAUCAUCGCGCAGGUGUGGAAGGAGAAUCCGAGUUUACCGGAGGCCCAGGUCCAGUCCAUGGCUCUUGGGAGGCAGGCCGGCUACGAGCUGGAAGUCAAACACAGGGAGGCUAUUUACCGUGAUGUCCUCGGCAAGCAACAAACUCUGAUGAUGUACGUGCAGAAGGUGGUGGCCAACCGUAAGGUGCAGGAGCAGCAGAUGGCCCUGGCGAGACAGGGGAUGCUCCUCAACCAGCUGGCCAUGCAGAACGGCCUCUCGGCCCCCAUGAACCAGAUGGACCUGCUGGGCUUGUACCAGCAGCUCGGGGCGCUCCAGGGCCUGCCCUCCUCUCAGCUGGGCAAGAACCCGGGCCCGUCCAAGGGCCUGUAGACGAGGCCUCGCUGAACACACAGCUGGACUGACACAGCCAGGACACCUACGUGAGCUCCUCGCCCAUGACAAAAGGGCACCCUGGGACUUUGUUUAAGGGGUUUUUGGCAGUGCAGUUUGUCAUUUUGUGUAUAUAGCCUUAAUGUUAUUCAAGAUCUUUUUUUUUCUUUCUCUCACGUAUUUAAAGAUUAAAGAAGAUAUUCUCCCCCAAAUGCUUUUAGGCAUUGCAAGUUUUUUUGUUUUCCCUUGAAAUAAGGGCUGUGCAUAUAUGAAUAAUUAUAUUGCAAGGAAAACGGCGUGAUUGAAGAGGGACCAUAGCGGUUCUGUUCAAUAACCAUAGACAAGAUUUCACCCCGUAAAAACUCUCAGCGUUAAUAUCUUCCUAGUAGUGGAUUGUCAUCGGUACUGUGAUAGCCAGUGCGCCAGAGACACUGCAGCGGACACCUUAAAUGUAACGUCAAAUCAAAUGGCCUUAUAUCAAGCAGCUAGAUCUCUUCUAACGUUUUAAAACCCCCUUUUCUAAUCUGCUUUUAGGUAUUUAAAAUCGUUGUUGCUAAUCAUGCUAUGGAAUGUCUGUGUUGUUAAAACUGCUUGCUGAAUUCCUCCGGACUUUUGUAACAUCAAACUUCUCGUUGUAGUGUUGCCUAGCAUAUUGUUGUGAGUACUGUUCAUAAUUUCUCUUUCUGUUGUUUAUUUUAUUUUUAAUUUUUUGUUUUGUUUUUUCUGUUUCUCUCCCCGCUUGGUUUGGGUUUGUGCCCGAGUUGGCGUCUGGAAGGUGUUGGGUACAUGUUUGUGUGGUUUAACCUGUUCUGAUGAUGAUGAUGAAAUGAUAAUGCCUAACACUUUCCUUAGGUUAGUGCUAGGGCUGUAUUGAUCUGUUCUUGGGCACAUCUCCACUUCGGAUACUAAAUUAGAUGUUUUUCAUUGGCAAACAUAAGCCCUUUGAUAUCCACAGGGUGUCGUUCAGAAAUGUAGAGGAACUUUUUUCCCUGCUGAAAAUGUUCAAAUGUUAGCAUAUACACCAACAGUUUCUGCCAUUAAUAUGAUCUGCUACUUAGUAUUUAAUAUCACAUUUAAAUAAAGUGACCAAAAGGAUGUUACAUUCA